AUGGCUGUCAAUCAUGUUAGAAGCAAAUCAAGUAAUGGCAAAAGGCUAGUACAAUCGAAGCUGAAUAUCAAUAACGAGACCAUUCUGAAAUGCCCCAAAUGCGAGAUGAAAUACUCACCGAAUUCGAUAGACGAUGUAGCAACACAUAAGAAAUACCAUGACUUGCAUAUCAAUGGCAGAAAUUGGUCACAAACUUGGGGCAUUCCAAUUCAUGAUACCACUUCCAGCACUAUAAUAGCAACUCCAUCUUCCUCACCUUUCAAAACGGGUAAAAGUGUGAAUAAUAAGAACAAUGAAAGAAUUGUAAUGAUACAAGAGAAUAAACCUGCCGAGGUGAAGGCAAUGCUUGAGAUUAUGGACAUUGUAAAUCAAGAGCUGAAUGCCCCGCAGGAUGAGAAUAACUUCUGGCGUAAACCAAAUGCUGAGCAUCAGGGCAAAGCCAUUGUCUACAUCAAGGAUAAAAAGGUUGUGGGAGCAAUUACUGUGGAGGUGCUUAAACAGCACAAGUGUAGGUGGAUGAUCUACGAGACAAGGACUUUAGUUGAACAUGUUAGACCUCAAUUCACACUGGGGAUAUCUCGUAUUUGGGUCUGUAGAGCGCAAAGAGGUAAAGGAAUAGCUGAAAAGCUUCUAGAUGCGGCCAGAAUAUCAGCAAUCCCUGGACAGAAUGUCGAUAAAAUGAAACUGGCCUGGAGCCAACCAUCUGACAGUGGCGGGAAAUUAGCUAAGAAAUAUAACGGCGUAAAACAUAAGUCAGGCCAUAUCCUGAUACCCUGUUAUCUAUGA